AGCCACACUGCGCGUACAGAUUUGCAUACAGGUGCAUCAUCCGCUCCAGCCCUCGUUUGACUGUUAAAGCAGGCGGCAGGUUUCUCCGCCCUGCGCAUCCCACAUCCAGUCGCUACCAGCAAAAAGCGCAGGGGAGUGCCUCUGCGCCGCGGACAGCCGAGACACAUUCAGCCUGUUCCUCCGGACUUCUCUGCCGGCCAGACGCCACCGACUUUUCACUCUGAGCGGUUAUCAGUCCCGUUACAGCCCGGCCUGCAUCCUCUGUACACCGGCUGCGUACGAAAUCGACCAGCGCUCCUCUUCGACAGGCCCGACGAACAGCAUCAUAAUGGAGGAAUUAGACGUCCCACAGAUGAGAAGAGAAGUGGAAAGCCUUCAGUACCAACUGGCAAUAAACAGAGAGAAAUCCUCCAUCACUGUUACAGAACUGGUGAAGUGGAUCGAGGGCUGCGUUUGUGAAGAUCCAUUUCUGAACCCUGAGUUGAUGCGAGCCAAUCCCUGGGUUGAGAAAGGCAAGUGUGUGAUCCUCUAAUGAUCACACACACUUGGAAAUCAAUCAAGAAUGCAUCCAAUCUGAAGAAUCAUGCACUCCCACACAGCCUCGCUGCACUAACUCUCACACUCACUCCCUCUCACACACACAUUAUUGCUAUUAUCAUGUUUAUUUAUUGGGAGAUUCCUGUAUGCUAUUAUCUGAUGUGAAGACCAAUGUGUGUGUGCGUGUGUGUGAGUGUAUAGCACUGAGUAGCUUUCUAGAGGUUUGAAAAAAUGUUCAACAAUACCUUUUUAUUGGCUCUUUACACUGUCAAUUCAAAUAAAGACUGUUUUUAACAGAA